UUUUCCAUGGGCCACCCACCGAAGUCGAAAAGUCAACUCAGGUUUUACUAUAAAAGCGAGGGAUUUUGGGUUUGUUUAAUCAUAUCAGUUUUUGUUCAAUCAGCGGAUAUACCACCAAAAUCAAUAAAUCCAAGAUGUUCAAGUUUUUCGCUCUGUGCCUGUUCGCCCUGUUGGCCGUUGCCUGUGGCAAGCCGCAAUUCCUGACCGCCUACAGUGCGGCCUCGCCUGUGGUGGCUGCCACGCCCUAUGCCUACUCCGGCGGACUCUACGCACCCACGUACAGCGCUGCCUACACCAGCGGCGUCUAUGCCACGCCCUACGCCUACGGAGCCUACCCCUACAGCUCGCUGUACCUGAGACGCUGAGGUUCCCACACCACCGAAUGCACACUGUACUACUGAUAAUUCCCGAUGACGUCGACCUAAUGAACAAAUAAACCUGAUAAAACAGAUAAAGAUUCGCA